GACCCUUUUUUAGCUACGCUUUUGAAGACACAGACCAGUUCAUGGUGUCAGUAUGCCUUAACUCUGAGUGGUCUGAAAGUGCAACACUUGAGCUCUGUGGUUUUGUACUUUGAUAUUUUUAAACUCUGGAACAACUCGCUGGAGCAAUGGAGGUUUACAUGAAGAGGUAUUUGCGAGAAAUUGUGGUUCUCCUGCAUCUUACAGCUUACGUUGCAGGAACGAUUGGGAGAUGCAGUCUGUUUGGGAGACACCAUGUCCAUACGUUUGAUGGCGUUUUAUAUGAAUUCCCUGGAGACUGCAGCUACCUGCUGGCUGGAGACUGCAACCGUCGCUCUUUCACACUGCUGGGUGAUUUUGUUGGUGGCAAAAGAACUGGAGUCACUCUGUUCCUGGGAGACGCCUUUGAGCUGCACCUGUCUGUCAAUGGACGACUCUCACAAGGAGAAGAAGAACUCUCCCUGCCAUAUGCCUCUCAUGCUGUCUUCGCUGGCUCAGAGCUUGGCUAUUACAAACUCUGGAGUGAGGAGUUUGGCUUCACAGUAACCAUAGAUAAUGCUGCAAACAUCGCCCUGACUCUGACCAAACACCAUGCAAACCGCACCUGUGGCCUUUGUGGCAACUUCAACACAGUGUCAGCUGAUGAGUACGCUGCUCAAGAAGGGUUCCAAACAGAGGACAGUUAUGAUUUUGCAAAUUCCUGGGCAGUGAAGGGGGCUGGUCAGUCAUGUCGGCGUGUGGCGAAUCCCAGCAGGUCCUGUAACGACACAAAAGGGACAUCAACGAUUUUGUCCAGCUGCAGUGUUCUGCAGACGUCCAGCAUUUUUCUGCACUGUGCCCACUUGGUGUCUCCUGAGGCAUUCCUCAUGCUGUGUCAGGAGGAGGCGUGUCACUGCCACCAGAGCGAGAGUGAAGACUGUUACUGUCCGAUCCUGCUGGAGUACGCUCGCACAUGCCAUGCGCACGGGAUACUUCUUCAUGGCUGGCAGGGAGAGGGCCAGUGCUUCCCCAAAUGUCCUAUUGGGAUGCAGUACAGAGAAUGCACAAAGUCCUGCUCUACAACCUGCCAUAGUCUUAACAUCCAGGAGGUCUGCAAGGAAGAGUGUGUGGAUGGCUGUACAUGCCCUGCUGGUAAGGUUUUGGAUGGAGAUCGCUGUGUGGAGGUAUCUCAGUGUUCCUGUGUGCACAUGGGGCGACAUUUCCGUCCAGGGUCUACCAUCUCUCAGGACUGCAACACCUGUGUGUGCCGCCAAGGCUCCUGGGAAUGCACCAAUGAAGGCUGCCCUGGCGAGUGCUUGGUGGUGGGCCAGUCACACUUCAAGACUUUUGACAACAAGUUUUUCACCUUCACCGGUCACUGUCAGUAUUUGCUUGCAGAAGAUUGUACCGACAACCAUUUUUCUGUCAUUAUUGAAAACGUACAGUGUGCAGAUGAUCAAGAUGCAGUGUGCACACGCUCAGUAACACUCAGUUUGCCCGCACUGGAGAACAUGACAGUGAAGCUGAAGCACGGAGGAAUCGUCUCUGUUAACAGCAUGGACAUCCAGACUCCAAUGCAUCAUGGUCGUCUGCAAAUUCAGAGAUCUGUUCAGUCUUCAGUGCGUGUGAAGUUUGGAGACGACCUCCGUCUGGACUGGGAUGGGCGUGGCCGUGUGCUUUUAAAGCUUGGACCCCGAUGGGCAGAGCACACUUGUGGUCUCUGUGGAAACUACAACGGUAACCAAGGUGAUGACUUCUUGUCUGGGUCUGGCCUGGUUGAGGCGGGACCUCAGGCUUUUGGCCAGUCCUGGAGGAUAAACGGGGACUGUGAUUCCACCCACAAACAUGAGAGAGAUCCUUGUGCUAUUAACCCCAAAAGAGUGCGUUUUGCAGAGGAGGCAUGUUCGGUGAUGAUGUCAGACGUGUUCAGUGCGUGCCACUUUCUGGUGAAUCCUGCGCCAUUCCAGCGGUUCUGUCGAUAUGAUGUGUGUGCAUGUCUGGAUGAAGAGUCGUGUCUCUGCGCUGCUCUGUCUGCCUAUGCAGCAGCCUGUGCUGCGAGAGGAGUGCUGCUGCACUGGAGGUCUCCAUCACUCUGCGCGCUGGAGUGCACUGGAGGCCAAGUGUACGAAGCCUGUGGGAGUGUGUGUGACCGUACAUGUCGUGCUCUGUCCGGGGCUGAGGCAGGCUGUGAGAGGGAGAGGGUGUGUGAGGAGGGCUGCUUUUGUCCUGCUGGAAAGUACCUGAGUGACACAGGUGAAUGUGUGACUGCUGACCUGUGCACCUGCCUGCAUGACGGACAGCUUUACCAGCCUAAUGACGUCUACGCAGAUCAAAACAUCAUCUGCUACUGUGAGAAUGGCUCCAUGCGUUGUAGCUCCCCUGAAAUGAGCACUCUACUGUCUGAUCUCUUCUAUGAUGACGACCUGGCCCCAUCCAGAGAGCGGCGGUCAGCCCAGUGCCCUCCUCCACUGGUCAAAACAGAGUGUAAUGCAGGAGAAAAAGGCCUUGAGUGUGCCAGAACAUGCCAGAAUCUGGAUCUUCCCUGUGUUAGUCUUGCCUGCAUCCCUGGCUGCCUCUGUCCCCCAGGAACGGUUCGUCACCGCAGAGACUGCAUUGAACCAGAGAAGUGUCCCUGUUACCAUAACAACAAGCCAUAUGCAACAGGACAGACCAUAUCUGUAGACUGCAACACAUGCGUGUGUGAGAAAAGAAAGUGGCGCUGCACAGAGAAGGUCUGCGAUGGUGUGUGCCGCACAGUGGGGGAAGGGCAUUACAUUAGUUUCGAUGGCCUCAAAUAUUCCUUCCCUGGCCUCUGCCAGUAUGUCCUGGUACAGGAUAUGUGUAACGGAGAGGAAGGUACAUUCAGGGUGCUCGUGGAGAAUGAGGCCUGUGGAGUUGUUGGACAUCGGUGUGCAAAAGCUGUUAUGAUCGACUACCAGGGAGGGUUGAUAGUAAUGCAAGAAGGAGAGGUGAAGAUGAAGAGGCCAGUGCUGCAGGGCUCUCAGGUGGAGAUUAUACGAUCUGGUCAGUUUUACACUUUGUUGCUGGGGAAGCACAUUUCCCUCAGCUGGGACAAAGGGACACGACUUCUCGUUCACAUCUCAGCCACGUACAGGGGUCGAGUGUGUGGUCUUUGUGGUAACUUUGAUGGAAAUGUUAACAACGACUUGAUGAGCAGUAACAACCAGCUGGAGCUGGACUUCUCACACUUUGGGAACUCCUGGAAGGUUGUUCCUAGCUGUGCUGAUGUGAAACAGAUUCCCGCUCCAUGCAGUAACAACAUUGUCAGGUUGGUAACAGUGGAGCAGUCAUGCCGUGUCAUCACUGGUCCUCUUUUCAAAGAAUGCAACAGCCAGGUGGAUGCAGAGCCAUAUGUAGAGAUGUGUGUGACGGCUGCAUGCUCUUGCCCAUCAGUGGGUGACUGUGAGUGCUUCUGUGAUGUCAUCGCCGCGUAUGCUCAGGCCUGUUCAGAGAGAAAAGUGUCCAUCAGCUGGCGGUCCAAUGAUCUUUGUCCCAUAAGCUGUGAGGAGCUAAACCCAAGGAGUCCAGGUGUAGGAGAGGAGUUGUGCCAAUGGAGAUAUAAUACUUGUGGUCCUGCCUGUCCGAUCACUUGCCAGCACCCAGACCCCCUCCACUGUUCCCUCACAUGUGUGGAGGGUUGCCAUGCCUACUGUCCCCCAGGACAACUCCUGGAUGAGGUGGCCAUGCGUUGUGUGGAGCCCUCUCAGUGUCAGGUGUGCAUCCACGAGGGUCAGAGGAUCUCCCAUGGUAACAAGGUCAUCCUGAACCAUGACGACCCCGAACACUGCAAGAUAUGUCACUGUGACAACAACACCCUGAGCUGUGAAGUGUGUUCAUCCCUCGUUGCCUUAUCCACGCCUGCCCCUACUUCUGCUUAUGAAACUUUCACAACCCAGCCCUUCAGUACGUUGAUGCCCGAGGGCACGUGUGACCGUGCUAUGGAUCUGGCUUUCCUGCUGGAUGGCUCAGAAGCCCUGAGCAACGAAGAAUUUCAGACAACCAAAGAAUUUAUACUGGGAGUUAUUGAGCGAUUCCGUAUGGGCUCAGCUCACACUCGAGCCACAGUGCUGCUCUAUCACUCUGGAGUGAAAACAUAUGAUCUGCAGGUUCAGAAGUGGCUGUUUAAGAAGACUGUGCGUGAUCUGCACUACGUAGGAGGAGAUGCAGCUUUCUUGGAUGAAGCUGUCAAGUAUCUUGUCUACAACAUCUAUGACAAGAACAAGCGGGAGCAUGCAGGCCGUGUUGCCAUAAUCUUGACCGCCAGUGCAAACCCGCGUCAUGUUCGUUCAAUCAUUCGGCUGCUUCGAAGAGAGACCAUCACCACCCUGACGGUGGCUUUGGGUCCAGGGGUGAACAUGGGGCAGAUCAAUGACAUCACAAAGGUCAACCCUGAUAACAGGGCCUAUAUCCUCAGCAGCCCAGUUGAGCUAUCUGACCAAAUGUUAGAGCUGACAGACUACCUGUGCACACUAGGAUUAGAGCCUGAAGGCGUAAAUCCUCCAGCACCAAAAACCACCCCAGGAAAACCUCACCAGAUAGCCACCACCAUAACCACAGCUCCUCGUCUGGAGCCGAACCCCACACAGCAAGUCACCCACGCCCCUACAACCACACCCCCUUCUCCCACCUCUCCUGUCCUCACACCUUCAUCUCCCUCCUCCCCAGCUGCAGAUGUCACAUUCAUCGUGGAGGGCUCUGAUUCAGUCGGCGAGGACAACUUUAACAAGUCGCUCAUCUUCCUGGAGGAAGUUAUCUCGAGGCUGGCAGAAGAGAAGGAGUCGAUACGCAUCACUGUGAUCCAGUACUCAGUGACAGUUACCGUGGAGAUCAGAAGGUGGGAGCUGAGGCGACAGAGGACGCUGCUGCUCAAGAGACUGAGGGAGAUUCAAUGGAGAGGUGGAAGCAAGACAAACACAUACAGAGCCAUCACUACAACAUAUCAACAAAUAUCAACUGCCCCGCCUUCACCCGGCCCCACCCCUCCACAGCUGGUCUUCCUGGUGACAGAAAACCCUCCUACUGACACUGUGACACGUCCACCGACAGUAAACACACACACACAUGUGUAUCCCAUCGGUGUCGGGCCUAAAGUACGUGAGACUGACUUGAUGCCAUUCAGCUCUCCUCAAAAUCCAAUACUGGUUUAUGACUACAGCCAUCUGACAACCCUGGUCCACCAUGUCGUAAACAUCACCCGGACCACAGUCAGGCCACGCUCUCCUACUCUGUCUCCUCUGGUCCUUCCAACCCUCUCUAGUCUCCCACCCUCAGUGCCAUGUAAGAAGCCGGUGGAUGUGUUGUUCCUGGUGAUGGCUGGAAAACAAUUAGAGGACGUGAAGACGUUUAUAAAAGCUUUCAUCAACAAUGCCGACAUAGGAUUGAAUCGCACUCAGGUGGGUGUGGUUCAGUAUGGAGACACAAACACAGCAGAAUUCACCUGGAAAGAUGAUCAGAGCCAAUCCCAUCUACUGAAGCUGGUGGAGCGUUUGCAGAUCAGGACCCCUGCUGCUGCCCCCGCACUGGGCUCUGCGCUUCGAUUUGCUGUGCAGACUGCCGUGUCUCCGGUCAGUGGUGGACGGGUUGGUGUGGCUAAGGCAGUGGUGAUGCUGGUGACUGACAAAUCAGGGGAUGAUGUCCAGGAAGCAGCUAAUGAAGCACUAGCAGCAGGUGUGUCAGUGUUUCCCAUCGGAGUGGGGCCAAGCUACGACAGGGAUGAGCUUGGCAUGCUUGGUCGUCACAGCAGCCAAGACAACACUCUGCAUUUGAACAGCAUGGAUCAGCUACGAAUGUUGCUGACUUUGGACCGUGGUUACACGGAGAGAAUCUGCAGAGCUGGGCCACCAGGACAUUGUGUUGAUGAUAAUGGAAACGAGAGAAAGCCUGGUGAGUCAUGGCUGCUGGAGGACGGCUGCCAUUCUCUCCUGUGCCACCCCAGCGGGGCUGUGACUGUACAGAACCACAAAGUCAGCUGUGACAAACUGGAGCCGCCAGCCUGCAGAAACAACAUUCCACCUGUCAGAGUGCAGGAGAAAUGUGGCUGCCACUGGGAAUGCCCGUGCAUGUGUAUGGGUAGCUCCACCAAUCAUGUGGUGAGGUUUGACGGCCUAGCUCUCAGGCUUGAUGGGGAGGGUUUGUGCUCCUACACUCUUCUUACUGUCAGCAGAGGCAUCAAUGAAGGAUCGGAGGUCAAGCUCCUCAGUGGACCCUGUCAGGGCUCACAGAAUUACAAUCAGGUCUGCAUGAAAGCCAUGGAGGUGAUCCAUGGGCCACAUAAACUGCUGCUGAAGGAUGAUAUGACGGCAGUGAUUGAUCGGGAAGAGCUUGCACUGCCAUGGCGGUUCGCUGGCCUGGAGCUGGUGCGUUACGGAGGAGUGAUGCUGCAGCUUAAAUCAGACCAAGGCUACGUUCUGACUUUCACACCUCAGAGCAAUGAGUUUACCAUCACACUGCUGAGCUCGACCACUGACAGCCACACUGCUGGCCUCUGUGGAGCCUGUGAGGAGGAGAAAUUUGAUGUCCUGUCUUUACGUAAUGGCAACACCACCCCUGACCAGCAGACCUUUAUCUCAGAGUGGACCGUAGCUACAGAUGGCGGUGUAUGUCUGCCAAAGCGGAAGAUUGUGUGUGGGUCUGGGGCCCCUAUGGGAUGUCAGGCCCUACGAUCUGAGGUGUUUGAACAGUGCCAUGCACACAUCCCAGUCCAGGUGUUCCUUUCCAAGUGUGAAGAGCAGGCAUGUGAGGACUCAGAUGUGUGCGAGCUAAUUUCUGCCUACGCUCGCCUCUGUAGACAGAGUGGUGUGUGUGUGGACUGGAGGAGCCCCCACCUCUGCCCUCUUCGUUGCCCCGACUCCAUGGAGUAUGAAGCAUGUCGGACAGGAUGUGUGGAUGACUGUGGUAGCAUACAGGCGUUGCCAGGCGACUGGUUGGUUGCCAGGGGUAACGGCUCAUCUUGUAUGGACACACCUACUGAGGGCUGUUUCUGUUCAGAAGGGUUGGUUUUGCAUCACGGGCAGUGUGUUUCACCAGAAGCAUGCAGAGAGUGUGUGGACCAUCAUGGGCACAAGUAUACGUUCAUGCAGAGCUGGGUACCAGAUGAGAACCAAUGUUUGAUCUGCAUGUGCUUAGAUCAACAACACAUUAACUGCACUGCCCGGCCAUGCAAUGAUGUCAAAGCUCCAGUGUGUGGACCCUGUGAGGUCCUGAAGGAGAAGAAAGAGUCUAAAUGCUGCCCAGAGUAUGAGUGUGUGUGUGAUCUGGUGAACUGUGACCUGCCUGAAGUGCCCCGCUGUGAGGAUGGUCAGACUUUGGUCCUGAAAAACCCAGGGGAAUGUCAGCCUGUACACGAAUGUGUCUGCAAAAAGGAAGAAUGUGCUCAUCAAGCUCCCCCCGCUUGCCCAGCCCACCGUCUUGCGUCAGUGAAAAAGACAAAAUGCUGUGAUGGAUUUGAAUGUGUAUGUAACUGCAAAAACCUGACUCGCACCUGCCCGGCUGGGUUCAUCACAUCCUCAACUACAAAUGACUGCGGCUGCACAGAAACCACCUGCUUGCCAGAUGAGGUUUGCGUGGUUGGAGGCGUGGUUCACCCAGUGGGAAGUAACUGGGAUGCAGGGUGUGAGAAGUGCAGUUGCACACAGCUCAAGGACAAAGACACAUCUCUGCACAUUGCCCAGUGUACUCCACCUGUUUGUGAUCGAACCUGCCCUCGGGGCUCUACAUACACUAUGAUAAAGGAUGAAUGCUGCGGGAAGUGCACACCCACCCAGUGUGUGGAGUCAGAAGGAGAGAUGCGGGGAGACACACUGAUUGGGGAAAAACUUAGACAAGUGGGAGAGGUUUGGCGGUCUCCUGAUGAUAAAUGUGUGCUACAUCAGUGCUUGAAAGUGAAAGAUCAGGUAUUCAUCUCUGAAAAUAAUGUCAGCUGUCCUGUCAUGGACACCCCAUCCUGCCCUCUAGGAACAGAGUUGCGCUGCGACAACCUGGAUUGUUGCCCCCGCUGCCACUGUGCUCCAAUGGAUGCCUGUGUUUUCAACCACACUGUGAUAGGAGCAGGGGAGAAUUUGAUGGUGGAUCUGUGUACACACUGUGACUGUAAUGUGGAAGAUGGUGCUGUGAGGAAAUACAAACUGUCCUGCAGGAGAAUGACCUGUCCUGUAUGCCCAAUGGGAUACACCCUGCAGGAAGAGGAGGGAACUUGCUGUGGUCGGUGUAUUGCAACAGCCUGCAUCAUGCAAAAGACAAAUGGAGAUGUGUUCAGUGUGGAGGUGAACACCACUGCCGAGGAUGGUUGCAACCAAUACCACUGUAGUAUAAACAGUAAAGGAGCUCUGGUAAUGCUGACCAAAUCAACCGCCUGCCCUCCAUUUAACCGCCAAGCUUGCCUGGAUCAAGGGGGGAAAGUCGGCCAGAUUGGAACAACCUGCUGUGAGAUGUGUACGGAGCCAGAAUGUCGAAGGACCAUGGGAAUGCUUAAAACCGUCAAGGUGGAUGACUGCCAAUCAGAGCAUCAAAUAGAACUGCAGUACUGUGAGGGCAAAUGUCGCAGUAAGUCCAUGUACUCCCUGGAGAGAUCUGCUGUGGAGCAGGAGUGUGUGUGUUGUGCUGCCGUGGAGACGGAGCCUCUCAGCGUUCCCGUUCUGUGUGCCAACGGUACCCGAAGUCACCACACUGUCCUGUCUGUCACAGCAUGUGACUGUUUAUCCAAACAUUGCACCUAAAGAGAGCGAGACUGGGAGAGAGAGAGAGAGAGAGAGAGAGAGAGAGAGAGUCUAUGAAUGAUGGUAUGUGCGUAUACAAGUGACAUGUGCUCAUAUAGAAUAAUGGCACGCAUAACAAUAAAAACAACCAAGUUCUGUAAGUUAACCUUUUUCUGUUGUCUUUUGCUGUAGAGUUUAUAUUCAUCCUGAAGUGCAUGAAUUUCAUUAAAAUAAACAUUUUCUUUG